AUGGACAGCACCGAACCUUCUGAUGCUGAGAGUGCUGCGGAAUCAGACGAUCCAGAUUCCCAUCGGGAUGCCUCAGCUUGGACCACUUCACCAUUUCACAAUGGAGAUCGUGGCAUCCAGUCACCAGAUAGGAAGCGUCCACGAACUACGCGUCCUAUGGCUGAUUUAAAAGUGCCAAGCUCAUCCGGAUUCGUUUGUCGACGUUCCGGUUCAGCCGGUGUCGGAAGUCUCCUCGUGUUCCGAUUACACGCGGCGCUGUCAGAUGAUGGGAAAGCCUUGGUUCACUUGUUGACCAGCUGUUUAGCUGAUUUGCCCAGUCGCACGUCCAGUCCUCUGUGCACUCCGAUUCAUCCAACCGCACCGAACCCAUUGGGAUCGAACUUUGGCGAAGCCGCGUCAAACGAGACUCUAAAACGACGUUGGCGUGGACCAACGCAGGUGGAAAAUUCGCUCAAACUGUCGCAAUCGAAACAGAGUAGUACUUCUAGUAAUAGUAGUAAGCGAAGCAAAUCAAAACAAUUCGUUUUUUUUCAAUAG